GCGGUAGGGAACGCGCGCUUCGUUGGUACGCGAAACGCAAGCGUAUUACGGAACGUAUUCGAAAAAGAAAUUAAAAAGAAAAAUAUUGGAAUAAACUUUUUAAAAUGUUUGCGAACGAUGUGACUUGAAUUAAAAUUGUAUAGUUUUAAAUUGUGUUCCAUGUUUGAAAGCAGAAAAAGAGUUUGACAAACUUUACAGUGACGUUUUGUUUCAAAGGUUUUCUUUAGUGAUUUUUUUUAUGUGCACAUGGCUGAAGAAUAAAAUAAAAACGAGCUACUUAAGAUGGAGCCAGAGCUAAUGGAAGAGAUGGAGGAUCACACCUCUCGCUCCUUCCUCACCACGGCGCUCGCUGCCGACCCGACGGAGAAGUUCUUGAGAAACUUCACUAACACUACGAUUGCCAAGACAGACUUGAAUGUUUAUUAUUUUUAUGAUACAAUCCAGUUUUCAGUGAUGUGGAUCCUGUUCGUGGCGAUCGUGGUUCUCAAUUCCUCCGUCAUAGCUGCACUCCUCUGCACCAAUGCGAGAAAGAGUCGAAUGAACUUCUUCAUCAUGCAAUUGGCCAUCGCCGAUCUAUUCGUGGGUCUAAUUUAUGUGUUUGUGGACAUCCUGCAGAAGAUCACUAUUGCCUGGCUAGCUGGCGAGUUUAUGUGCAAAAUGGUCAAGUUCUUGCAGGCGGUGGUCAUGUACGCGUCGACGUAUGUCCUGGUGGCGCUCAGUAUAGACCGAUGCGACGCGAUUACCAAUCCUAUGAACUUCUCAGGAAGCUGGAACCGUGCCCGAGGACUCGUAGUGUCAGCGUGGAUAAUCAGUAUAGUGUUCUCCAUUCCACUCCUCAUACUGUAUGAAGUCAAGGAAGUCCAAGGUCAGAUGCAAUGCUGGAUAGAACUGGGCACACCGCAACGUUGGCAGAUAUGGAUGACGCUGGUGUCGACAAUGAUUUUCGUGUUACCAGCGCUGACCAUAGCUGCCUGCUAUGCCGUCAUAGUGUUGACUAUUUGGACCAAAAGCAAAGCGGUAGUCAUGAGUCCGCCUAUCAAUUCAAGGAGAACGAAGACUAUGAGAAAUGGUCAAGUUGAAAGCGAUCCAGAUUCGAGGCGUGCAAGUUCGCGGGGCCUGAUCCCGAGGGCGAAAAUAAAAAGUGUCAAAAUGACAUUUGUCAUCGUGUUUGUGUUCGUGCUCUGCUGGUCUCCGUACAUCGUGUUCGACCUGCUGCAGGUGUAUAAUCACAUCCCGCACACGCAGAGCAACUUCGCGAUAGCUACCCUCAUCCAGAGCCUCGCCCCCCUCAACUCUGCCGCCAACCCGCUGAUAUGCUGCAUGUUCUCCCCUCACAUCUACACCAGUUUGAGGAGAGUGCCGCCAUACAAGUGGCUGUGGUGGGGGCGGGGCCGCCGGCGGCACGGGCGGGGCACGCUCCGCUCCAGGUCCGACUCCACGGCCAACUCCGACCUGCUCAGUUCUACCCACGCGAGGAGAUCGCAAUCUGUUGCUACGAUCCUAAACCGCACACGCAGCGGCAGCGGCAGCGUGUCGCUGGGCGGCGCGCGGCGCACGCAGCUGGUGCUGGUGGCGGCGCGCGACUGACCGCGCGCGCGCGCGCCCCGCGACGUGCUGCUCUAGCGACGCUGGGGACUGAAACUGUUCUCCGACAGUGCAUACGGUACGAACGAUCCGCCGAUAUAAUAGAGGAGACAUUCUGUCGGCGAAUUAACCAAACUGAAAAAACUUUUAUUUCAGGUUUUUUUGUUUGGUUAAUUAUACAUAUAUAUGUAUUUUUUUUUUUCCUUUCAUCAGCACAUGAUCACAAUCAUAAUAUAUUUCAGUAUACCCUUUGAUCAUGUACUUUAUUGUGUACUUACAUCGUUAUAUUACUGAUAAAAAAAUAUAUAUUUAAAAAAUGGUAAUUAAGCUAUUCAGGCAUAAUAGGGACCAACACUGUUUGAAUGAGUUUCUUUCGGCAUUUCUUCUCAGCAGUGGUCGUUCCGAAAUGCUAGUAGUUUGUAGCUUUGGUAAAAUGUCAUUUAAUUUAAAAUAUGACGUGAAAAAGUGCCUGUGAAACCAAGAAUUUCUGAAUAAAUGAUUUGAUUUUCAUUUUCUGUCAUUUAAAUGCCCAAUGUUGAAACAUCCUAUCGACGAAACGUUUGUAAACGAAGCAAUUGUCGGAGAACCGUUCAGACUCGCUUGCUGCGGACACGGGACUCUAGUGGGUUUGACUUUAACUGUGUCAACUGAUCACUCCCGCGAGCUGCUGUUUUUGUGUGUCUAUGCGUUAUUUUUUGUUUAUGAUAAGUGACUACUUGGCGUUUAACACGCGCUGUACGGCUGUAGUGGCGAUGGGAGUGGGUUUGGCUAGCCCUGACUAUCAGAGUGAACACAUUCACUCUGAUUAGUGUGUGUGAUUGGUUUAGUAAUUGAGGGUGAGGUGCUUAAUGCGAGUAGUGUCCAAUUCUUGUACCUAUCUCUGUUUAGUAAAUUAAGUUGUUAACUUAUCUAUUGCCAAAUUUGGUUGAUUUAUAUUUUGUGGAAAUAUAUGAAUAUUAAUUACUUGUGAAAGAUUUUCGUAUGCAUUUAUAAUAACCAAAGUCUAAUAGGCCAAUAGUUGUAUUGUAUGUUAUAAUAUCAUUAUGAUUAUUUUAGCUUUAACUUUUGCUUUAUGUAACUGAAUUAUGUAAUUCAUCCCUUCGGCCGCGUUCUGACUGAACUGACGGUUCGUAACCAGUUACGAACAGAACAUAAAUUAUCUUUGUACGAUACCAGUUACGUAGGAAUAUUCAUCACAAAAAUCUAUAUUUAUUUUUAAAUUGUUAGUAAUCAAAUGAGUAUGUCAUUCAAUACUCUUCACUAGUCUUCACAAACUUUUUGUAAAUAUGUAUAUUUUUUAUAUAGUCUUAGUUUAAACAAGUAAUUUAUUUAAAUAAUUAAUAUAAAUUUAUAAACAAUGUAUUAUCUACUCAAUCAUGUAUUAAAUAGGUACAUAAGUCAGAAUAAAUAGUCGAUAAUAUAAGUCGUGUGAGGCUAAAUUAUUAUUAGAAA